AUGAGCUCGAGGAGCAGUACAUCAGAUCCCAAUGGUCUUUGUCUCACAACAUCAAAUACAUCAUCAUUGACAUCAAAUUCAUCAAAUUCCACAAGUAUAAGUAAUAUAUCAAACAAAUUUAAAAAUGCAUUGAAUCGUAAAAGAUCACAAAGUUUCAUAAUACCUGAAAAAAAAUCUUCAACUUUAUCAAAUUCAAAUUCGAUAUCAUCACCAAAUGUGAAUAUUAGAAAACCAUUAAGAAAUAGAUCUUUAGGUUCAAUUCAAUUUUCACCAUCUCAAGCCUCAACCCCAACUUUCGAAAACUUAAACAUUCCUCCAAUGACAAACCAUCAUAAUCAUACACCAUCAUUAACUCAAGUUAAUCAUCCUCAUGCAUUGAAUCAUAGAUCAAAUUCAACUUCAACAUCAAUAAGUAUAAGUGAUUCUGAAUCAAUAAAUAUAAUGGAUAUUAGUCCAAGAUCUCCUACACCACUUGUAUCACCAUUAUUCAAAAUUGAUGAAAAAUUACAAAAUCAUGAAAUCAAAAUCAAUAAUGAUGAAGAAUUUUUUGAUGAUAUUGCAGAUGGAAUUUUAGAAAGAAUUAAUAAAACUGAAUCUAAAAUUGACUGGAGUAUAUGA